GCAGACACGUGCUGGCUCCGUGCUCGUUACUGCAGCGCCGACGGCUCUCGUGAGCAACCUCUCAAGCUUCACAACGUGCAGACUGACAACGGCAAGCCCUUGUUUUGCUUCACGUGCAGGUCCUCCGCAUGUGCGCAGAUCGCCGGCCCGAUCGACUUGCUUCAUCUUCGAAGCCGGGACAUCAGCAAUGGAAAGCACACGGACGGCCUGGAGGAGAUGGUGGCCUACAUGGAACUACUGAAGCCGAGGCUUGCAAUCAUUGACGUGCACGCGUGCCCGGAGCAUAAACAACGUGAAGGCCUCUCAGAGCUCGAGUCUAAAUUGAAGACGAGAUACAAUGUGGAGCUCAAGGGAAACUUCUGGAUCCUGACCUUGGAUGGGCUCUUCUUGAGCCGACUCAGUGCAAUGAUUCCAGAUGCCGAAAAGAAAACCAAGGGAAUUCUGGACAUGGCUCUCAAAGGAUCAACCUUCCCUGCCCCGGAGCCGGAUUGGACAUACUUCUGUCAUCGAGAGAAUACCACAGAAGAGCUGCAACAGAACGUGCCUGGAUAUCCGAAGCUUCCGAAGCCGGUGAAGAAGUGCUUGCAGUACCUGAAGUUGCCGGGCAAGAACCUCGAGAAGACCAAGAAGGUUGCCGACUACUUGGUGCAGGUCCAUGACAGCUGCAAGGAGUUCCCAUCCUGGUAUGCCCUCAAGAUUCACCAGAAGCUCACGCACGGGAGAUGGGAGAUGACCACGCGGGCUCAGAUCAUGGCAUUGCCGGGCGAGGAGCCUGUGAUCCGUCCGGUUCUCAACAAGGAUGUGCUGCGAUGCAAGGGCUGGCCAUGGCGCAGCUUGAACGCGUACCACGCACAGAAGUUCGCCUGGGAGUUGCCGCCCGCGCAGCCAUUCUGUGCCAUUCUGUGUUCUCUUCUGAUGAAAGAUCAGAAGUAA